UGGUAUAUUCAACAAACUGAUGAAACACAAAAAACUUAUAAUAAAGACUUAGAGAAUGAGGAGACAAGAUAUAUCGAGAAUACAGAUAAUGCUCUUGAUAUAAGACUAGAGCAAUAUAUAAAUCUGAAAGAACCUCAUAGAAGAACUGUUAUAGAUAAGCUAACAUCAAUAGCCAAUACAAGUAAAAGUGAAGAAGAGAAAAAAAGAGCUAAUAACAGCGAAAAGGAAAAGAAGCAAGAAGAAUAUAAAGUUAUAAAAACUAAAGGGAAGACACCUGUACGGUAUAAACAUUUUUAUAGUAAUGUAAGUAUGAUAAGCGAAGCUGGAUCUUCAUGGAGUGAAGAUUCUGCAGUUGAAGAUAAGAAGUUCCAAGAAGAACAAGAUAAAGUUAUAAGACAAGUUCUUGAACAACAAGACAAAAAUGACCCAACAAGAAUGUUGCUCAUAACAGGAGAAACUUCUACAAAAGGAAAAGGUACACCACCUGUUAGACCAAAAGAUAACCAGUAUGGCUACAGCACUAAUGAAAUAAUGAGUUUAGAACAAUCAUAUUGGAAACCCCAAAAAAGGAAA